AUGCAUACACAGUUCGUUCCUUCAAUUAUAUGAUGAUGAUUAUGAUGUAUAAUAGCGUAGAUCAAUUAGGUUCUUAACUUCUUCAUAUUUAAUCUGCAAAAUGGGAAUCUCUUCGGAGGAUUUCCGGACCUGUCUAUGGAUUUUUCUGGAAUUCUCUACGAGAUUAUGCUUCGGGUUUGUGAUGGAACAUCCAUUGCAUUCACUUGUUUUCUUGAUCUUCAUCAUCUUCUAUCUCUUCUUCUCCUCCCUCUUCUGGUUCUUGAUUUAUUCAUUCCCUCUGUUCCUCAUCUCCGGCGUCGUCGUUUUAGCCAUUUACCGCCCCGGCACCGGCGAUGACGCCAGAACGGAGAACAGGGUGGAAAUCGCGGAGGAGGAACUUGGGAAGAAGAAGAAGAAAUUCGUCGGCCGUGCUAGGUCGGUCAGGCGGAGGAGAUCAAAGAAGGAUUUCCAGCCAUAUGUUGAGGAAGAAGGCGUCCCCAUUUUUCUGCCGCCGGGUUUCUGCGACGAACACCGCGUGUUCGACAAAAGUUCCCCGACAGAAGAAGAAGAAGAAGAAAAAGAAGAGGAUGAUCACAUGAAGGAUAUCAGAGAAGUGGUGGAGGUUCAAGGAGGGGAUUUGCAGGUGAAGCCUGCUGGUAGUUUUAGGGGGAGUAGUGGCGCCGUGCAAUGGACGACGACGACUUGGGAUCAUGAUCAGAAGAAAAAUCCAAUGGAUCUCUCUGAGAUGGAAAGGAACAAGAGGCUAGAGAGUUUGAUGGCAAGAAGGAGAGCAAGGAGACUGGUGAGCAUUCAUGUGAGGAGGACAUUGAUGAAUCUGGGAAGCGACGACCCUCCCAUUUCCGUUGUGAUCCCAAGAACCAAUUCCUCUGGUUCAUCCAACGGCGGUCUGUUUUCGCCGGGCAGCGGGGCACCCGGGUCCGCUCCCUCGGUCAUGCUGCCCAACCGCAACCCCUUCGACCUGCCCUAUGAUCAGCACGAAGAGAAGCCGAAUCUCAGCGGAGGCAGCUUCCAGCAGGACUUCAUGGUUCCUCAUCAAGAUUUCGUGUUCUGCAGGCAUGAGAGCUUCACUCUGGGUGCUGCUAGCGCUAGCUCUUUCUUUGCAGACUUCAACUCUGAUGAUGAUCUUCAUCUCCAUAAAGUUUUUGAAGCUUCUGAUAAUUACAGAUCAACAACUCCAUAUGGUAAGGGAAGUGGUGAUAAUAAACUAGUAGAGCAAGAGCCAUUCGAAGAACCAGAGAAGUUGAACGGUGCGAGUACCAGCGAUGUGAAGGAAGCAGUCUCUGCUACUAGGUGCGAGGAAGACAACGGAGAAGUUCAAAUAAAAUCAGUACUCAUUGAAGACACCGACAUGGCGACUUCAUCAUCAUCAUCAUCUUCUUCUUCUUCAGAAUCUGAAGAUGAGACCUUUUACAGAAUUGAUAAAGACACAAUCUUGAAGUCCCUUGCUACGCCACCAGCUCCAAGAAACCAGAAGGCCCGAAUGGAUGAGAAUUACUUCUUUGCCAACUUUGCCAAGUUCCCCACUCCAAGCCAUUCCAUUGCUUCUGACUUACAGGUGGAGGUUUCUGAACUCGGGUCGCCUCCAAGAUCCGUUGAUGGAACCUCUUCUUCCUUAGAGGAAGAAAACGACAUUUUUGAGCCCUUUAAACCUAACAGUCUUGACAAGCAAGGUGCAGAUCCAGACAUUUUUGAAGCUAGUGAGGGUCCGGGUGACCUUGAAAGGUCGUUCUCGCCAGAACCCAGGGUUCAACAAGUUUGUAAUGCAGGUUCUAUUGAGGAGAGUCUAGAGACCGACGGACUGUCCAAACCAGAGAUUAUCACCCAUUAUUUGGAAUCAGAUGAUCACUUGCUGAAGAUGGACUCUGUUAAAGAAGAGACUGAAAGGCUGUCCGAAUCGGAGAAGCCUGCCCUUAAUCUUGAAUCAUAUGAUCGCGACGAAUCCCAUGUGGAAACAAGCACAAAAAGUCAUAGGAACGAUUUAGUGAUUCAGGAGGAAGGGUAAAAAAAGUAAAGACAAUGAGUUCUUGAAAGACAGCAGCAGAACCUGGAGGCUAAUGAAGCAAUGUGAUUUUG